AUGGCGAGUCGUGGCAGGGCUGCGUCAUCUAGAGCCAAGCAACAACAACCGCAUCGCUUCUCCCGACUCCGGCACAAGCUGACCGCUACAUGGCAGCGCUGUCGCAUUAGUCAGCGUAGCGAAUACUCCGUAGAGCGCCUUCUAGCUUUUCGAGACUAUCAUCGGAGUACUUCAACUACUCGAGUCAUUCUGGUUUGUGUUCUGGUACCGAUCCCGGCCUUACUCGUGGCUCUUGCAAUUGAUUGCAUCCCACUACGCCCCCCAUCCGAAGGAUGGCGAGCCAAUUACGCAGUUUGGAUUCGAUUGUGUACCGCUAUGUUUUUUGAAGCACUCGGAGUGGUUCUGCAAGUAAGAGAAGUCAUCAUGACAGGAACGAUCUCGAAUAUUCAAGCUAGUUUUAUCGCACUAGGCACAGCCGUCACUUGCGUGCUGGCUACCAUCGCUGUAGCUGAAGUUUGGAAAUUCCCCAUCCCGUUUGGCUACGUGCUGAUGACGAAUGUGUACGUGAUAAUACUCUUCGUAUGGAUGAUUCUGGGCAUUGGGCCUCGCGUUCUAGCGAGCUCAACAGUGCUACGCCAGCAAAUCAAGGCACAACUAUUUAUUAUCGCCAACCAAGGAGUCGUUGUCGUCAAGGGUUUUUCGUCUUCUUGA